UUAUGUAGUAGUAAAGCUGAGAUAUUUUGCAUGAGCUCGGGAAAGUUAACCGACCUUUGAAAAACUAAAAAAAUGGAGCUGGUAUUGAGAUAUUUGUGCUUAAUUAUACUGUUGCAAUCAGUGACCUGUGAACUAGACAAUGACAUCAUUUUAGAUGUGAUCUCCAGUAGGCUGGCCCACAUUUCUAUAUCAUUAGCUAGAAUCGCCAGGAAACAGCGAGUGAUGGAAACACGCCUUGAUUCAAUAACUGCUAAUAUGAAGGACCACGAUCUUACAGACGGAAAACAGGAAGAUGUCGAGUCAGAUUAUUCAGAUGAAGAAGCGAAAGAAGAACUUUUAAUUAUGAAGAGGGCAAUAUCCUCUGAAAAAGAGUAUGUUCGAAAUUUAGUGGAGUCUAUAUCUGUUGACACUGGCGACAGAAUCGCGUCUGUUAAAGCAACCUCAGAUGACCUCGCCGGUAGAAUCACUGCUGUUGAAGCAACUUCAGACAACCUCGGCGGAAGAGUCACUGCUGUUGAAGUAGCUUCAGAUGACUUCGGCGGAAGAAUCACUGCUGUUGAAGCCACUUCAGACGACCUCGGCAGAAGAAUCGCUGCUGAUAAAGCAACUUCAGAUGACCUUGGCAAAAGAAUCGCUGCUGUUGAAGCAACUGCAGACGAUCUCAGUGGUAGAAUCGCUGCUGUGAAAGGAUCUUCAGUCGACCUCAGCCGCAGAAUACAAUCGAUGGAAAAGGGCAUGGCUAUUGUAGAAGCAACUUCAGGCGGUCUCGGAACCAGAGUGGAUUCUAUGGAAUCAAGCAUUGCUUCUUUAGUGUCAGCAGCAGAAAGGCAUGUCAGCUUCUCUGUGCAGUACAGACCAGAAGGUAACCAUGCAAUCCUUAAGAAAGGAACUACCAUUAAAUUCAACCACGUGUUUUACAAUGAUGGUUCAGGAUACGAUAAAACCACGGGAAUAUUCACCGUGCCUGUAUCAGGUGUCUACCAAUUCAUCUUCUUCAUCGAGGGCUGGCAGAAGAAAGACGAGUUCAUUUGUCAGGCUGCUACUGUGGUAUUGUACGUUGACGGUAGUGCGGCUGGGACAGCGGCUAUCGCUGACCCACGGGAUCACAAUCAAAUUGUGCAAGCUGGUAACGCAUACAUCAAUUACUUAAGUAAAGGCCAAGUAGUGAAAUUGAGAACAGGAACCAGCUGUGACGAGCAUAUCAUCUAUUCUCAUAGAACAACAUUUAGCGGUGUUCUACUUUAUUGAUAUCAGCUUUGUAUAUAUAUUUUAUAGGAAAACAGAAGGGAAACAUUCAGUACAGAGUAAGUCUUUUUCAAAAGAGUUUGGAUGCGAUAUAAUUGGGAAAAAUAUUUCAAUGGAAGUAUUUGGCUUAUUAUUCUGUAGAAUAACAGAAUGCAUUUGUAAGUGAUGUAACAAUUCUGAAACAGUACUGCGCGAUUUUCGUGUCCAACCUCCAGUUUUUCCAGUAAUCUAUGGUAUCGGAUUUUUCACACAUCAAAUAAAAAAGAAUAAAUUCGAGUCAUAGUA